AUGGGGGAGGGUCGCACCUCCCCAGCCCGGUCGAACACACGUGGACCACGGGCGGAGGCGGCCGCGCCGAAACGGCCACAUAGGAAAAAAGAUCCAGCCGCCAGGUACACGUGCUCGCUCGCGAGUAUCCCUGCGACUGGGCAGAACUCACAGGACCCACGCGCUCCGCGGGCGGAGACGGCUGCAGCAAAGCAGCCACUUGGGAAAAGAAGAUCCAGCCGCCAGGUACUUGUGCCACACGCGAGUAUCCCCACGGCUGGAAAGCAACACAUGGGACCGCCGGAGAUGAACUCUGUGGUCCCGGAGCUCGGGGGAUCAGAGGAGGCAUAUGUAGUCCGCCUCCUGAAGCCCCGCCAGAAUAAGGACAAAGGCGGAAGAAAUAUAAAACGGGGAAUAAACAUACGUGGUAAACAAGUCCAAGGGAAUGACAGAAGGACCCCAAAUCCAAGCGAUAAUAGAGAAAUAAACAGUGAUAGCCUGAAGACACAGACAACUAAUAAAAUCCUACAUAGACUAAGACAACACUGUAUGAUAGGAAUCAAUCCCACAAGGACAUAA